CUUCUGAAUUCUGCAAUAGAAGUUCGUUUGUUCUCCGUUCUCUGUCAAAUAGAACUUCGGAAUUUGGGAUUAUCUCUACAUAACUACAUUCAUUGUCUUCUGCUCGAACCUCCUUAACAGAGAGAGAGAGAGAGAGAGAGAGAGAGAGAGGAGGAGGAGGAGGAGGAAGAUGACCGUGUUUCACUUCUUCAACUGCGCAAUUCUUACGUUCGGUCCUCACGCCGUCUACUACUCGGCGACGCCAUUAUCCGAGUAUGAUACAAUUGGUACUUCCGUUAAGGCCGCAACUGUAUAUCUUGGGACAGCUUUAGUUAAGCUUGUGUGUCUGGCAACAUUUCUCAAAGUACCUGAGAAUGACAGUUUUGAUCCAUAUCAGGAACUAUUGAAAGCUUUAAUUGGGUUUAUAGAUGUUGCUGGGCUUUAUUUUGCAUUGACACAACUGACACAUAGAAACAUAUCUCAAAAUCAUAAGUUUCAAGCUGUUGGACUUGGAUGGGCUUUUGCUGAUUCUGUUCUGCACAGACUAGCACCCCUCUGGGUGAGAGCAAGAGGGCUAGAGUUUACAUGGGAAUACAUUCUGCAAGGCCUUGAAGCCAAUGCUAAUCUGGUUUUAACCAUAUCUCUUGCUGCCUUGGGAUCUUUAAUGUGGCUCCGGAAGAACAAGCCCAGGGCAUUAGUUCCUAUAAUUUAUGCCUGUGCGGGUAUUCUUGCAACCAUGCCAUCCAUCACAAGUUAUCUUAGGCGAGGAUUGGGGUGGCACCUACCGAAGGUGGUGGGCUUUGAAUUGUUUGCUUCAUUAAUGAUGGCGUUUAUUAGUUGGCAGCUCUUCUCGGCUUGUCAGAAGCCAUCUGCAUGAGAGACUCGAAGUUUCAAAAAGAUGUCCAAGGAGACAAUAAAGGGAACUCCUGCCUGCCGGUGCUACUGACUGCUGCGAGCUGUGAGACGUUUUUGACAUCUUUGAAAGACUGGAUAUAAACUCCCGCUGAAGCUUGUCCAGAUGAGGGCUUGGAUUUUUUAGUCCAAAAACGUUUUCCAAAAAGCGGUUAUACAAUGGUUGAUAUUCUUAACUUGUGAACGUUUCAA